AUGUCUCCUAUUACGGAAUCUUCCGCCACUCGCAUUCGGUACAACCAAGACGGUACUCGGAGACAAGGCAAGCUAUUGACUCUUCAAGGUGUUACCAAUAGGAACGUGGACGGUCAAGUAGAGAUUGAUCAUGGGUAUCUCUAUGUUCACGUCGCAUCCUUCCUGGCUUGGAAGCACGCGCAGGAACGCAAUGGGGUCAUACUACCCUCUCUGCCACAAGUCCUGGGUGACUGCGAUUUCGAUUGGUCCUUGGAAUCCAGAGAUACCCAGUUCUCUCCUGUGCAUGGAGUACGAGCCUUGGUCGCAGCCACCACCGAUCCAACACCCAAAGUGACUCAUACUCACAACAACAACAACUAUACCCAUACCCAUGCUACUGGCAACUAUACCCAUACCCAUACCAUGACAAGUCCUGAAGCACAACCGCAAGCAGAAGAAGACUGGCAAAUGCCCUUUGGCAUUGUGGGGUCCGUCUAUUCCAGUGUCACGCUACCAAUAACGGCGUUUGGACAAGGAUUCAGUCUUCCUCAAACCAGCGGCGGAGCCAUUAGUGGAGCGUUGGAAUCGGCGCCCUUUUUCAGUCGGACCAUCCCCACCAGUGUGGCCGAUGCCAGGGCCGUCAUGGCGUACUAUCACAGUCAAGGUGUCAGUCAUAUUGGAUGCAUCCAUGUCAAGGAUGCCUGGGGGAACUAUUUCAAUACCGAUUUGCAAAUUGAAGCCAAAAAAUUGGGGAUUAGCAUUGUCAGCUUUUCCUAUGAUCUCAAUAAUCGAGAGAGUAUACUGUCGGCCCUGGAGCAACUCAAAGACACGGGCCGAAGGCAUAUCUUUGCCAUUAUGUUUGAUUGGAAAGCCAUCUUGGAAGUGGCGUUGGAUCUUGACAUUAUUGGGAAUCCAGACUAUGCAUGGAUUGGGGCCGCCAUGAUUGACUGGACGUCUCCCCAAUUGCAGUUUAAUCGGCACAAUCCCAAGGAACAACGAUUGGCACAGGCACUGAAUGGAGUGGGAUCACUGGUAGUCGAUGGAGGCUCCAACACGACCGCCUUUCACAGUGUCAUGCGGGAGUUUGCCAACAAUCCAGCAUUGCAGCAAGAGUACAUUCAAUCCUAUCCACCAGAAGAACAGCACAUGUUUGACAACUUUACCUUUACAACACCCCCCAUUGAUCAGUAUCAGAACUUGUUCUAUGAUGCCACAUACAGUCUGGCCAUUGCCGCAUGCCAGACACCGGGGCUGUUCUCCGGGGAAGACCUCUAUCAAACCUUGAUCAAUCUAAAAUUUGAAGGCGUCACGGGUCCCAUUGAGUUUGACAACAUCACGGGCACCCGAAAACCACACACCACCCGCAUACGGCUGGACAAUGUGUUUUGGAGCGAGGAACGAUCGGACGACAACUACAUUCGAUUCGAAUCGCGGCUGGCGGCCAUGGCCACACAAGGCACACUGGAGCACUACCAUCCGUGGAUCUAUAAUGACAAUACCACCAACAUUCCUCCUUCACUUCCUCCCUUUGAUCAUGAUUACAACAUGAUGCCUUUGGCUGUUCAAGUCAUUGGAUGGCUCCUGGGUGGAUUUGUCAUUUGCUUGAGCUUGAUCAUGAUUGGUUGGACCUGGAAGAAUCGAAAAAUUUAUGUGGUCCGAGCGGGACAACCACAAUUCUUGUCGCAACUUUGUGUGGGGACGCUGCUCAUGGCACUGGCAGUCAUCCCCAUGAGUGCACAAGGAAAACACAGCAAUCCCCGCUUGGACAUGGCAUGCAUGACAUCUCCAUGGCUCAUCUGUCUGGGGUUUGUGAUUGCCUUUUCGGCAUUGUUCUCCAAAACCUGGAGGCUCAAUCAACUCAUGAAGUCAGGCAUGUCGAUGAAAAGAAUCACUGUAGAGGCCAAGGAUGUGCUUUGGCCCUUUGUAGGUCUCGUGACAAUCAAUGUGGCCAUGUUGCUGGGAUGGAGUAUUGCGUCCCCACUCAGAUAUACCCGUGUGGAAGCGAGCAACAAUGUGGAUGAAUAUGGGAGGGCUCUGGAAUCCUAUGGCCGAUGCCAAAGCCAAGACACUACCUAUGCCUACUUUUUGAUCCCAAUGCUGCUAUUUGAUCUUCUUGCUGUGUUGGGAGCAACCUACCAAAGCUAUGUGGCCCGCAAUCUGCCGACAACACUUUCGGAAUCUUCCUAUCUUGCUCUGGGCAUGGCCAGUCUCUUGGAAUCCCUCCUGCUAGGUGGGCCAAUCUACUUUACAGUGGUGGACAAUCCCACGGCAUCCUACUUGGUUGGAUCUGCACUUUUGUGUAUCAUCAGCCUUACUAUUCUACUUCCAGUUUUCCUCCCCAAGUAUCUUCAUCGCAAACAAUCAGGAUCAGGUCGACCUGGGACUUUGGUUUCCACGCUAGACAUUCCCAGCGCCCCUGUUUCCACCCUGGCAAGACAAAAUGGUGUAGCAGAUCUAACCGACGCGUCCACCCGCAGCACCCCAUUUGGUUCUCACGAGUCCAAAGCAGGGUUCAUGUUUAUUACGCGAAUUCAUGAUACUCCUCCGAUUCCAAAGAAAGGGAACGGCCGACCCCGUCAUGGUAGUACCGUUCCUGCCUCCAAAACGGGGCCGAUGGACGCAUCAUCACAAGCAAACGAAACAACGUUUACCAGACCGUCGCAACAACCAGAGACCAAGUCAAAAAGAGAAAAUCAUCUCGACAUGGGCGUUCACACUGUUUGA